AUGUCAGGCGCUUAUUCAUUUACAGGUGGUAGUCUUCGCCUAAAGAGCGAUUCGUCAAGCGCAGUUCAGAGCGGCAAAGUAUCGAAAAAACAUAAACACAAGUCGAAAUCGAAAUCUUCAAGCAAUGCCGAAGCUCCUUCAUCAAAAAUGGAACAUGUGGCAUCAACAAUCAAUACCUCAACUGAUCAACCAGGUUCAUCACGUCGUGAUCUACGAACACCAGCAGAAAUCGCGUAUGAAAAAGCCAUGGCUAAACGUGCUGAAGAAAAGAUCUUGAAAAAGGCGGCUAAAUCACACAAAGAACAAGUGGAAGAACUGAAUUCGUACUUAGAUAAACUGACUGAAUAUAACGAUAUUCCCAAAGUCAGUUGGACAAAAUAA